GCAUGCUUUGUUUUCAUAAUUUAAAGAGGCGACAUGGGUAAGUGUGGAUUUAUGUGUGUGGAAUGUGGCGAAAAAGCAUUGGAGCUGUACAGAGACUACAGUAACGGCAUCUUGAAGAUCACCAUAUGUGAGAGUUGCCAGAAGCCAGUAGACAAGUACAUUGAAUACGACCUGGUUAUCAUCCUGAUUGAUGCCAUUUUGUGCAAGACGCAGGCUUACAGGCACAUUUUGUUCAACACAACUUUGAAUAUCCAUUGGAAGCUGUGUGUGUUCUGUCUGCUCUGUGAGGCCUACCUCAGGUGGUCUCUGCUUCAUGGCUCCGAGCACAGCAGUGACCCCGCUGACAUCAUCAGGUACACCAAACAGUGGGAGUUCUACUGCAUGUUUGGACUGGCUGCCCUUGAGCUGGCGGCGUUCUGCGGCGGUGUGCUGUGUUUCCUUUGGGUCAUAGUGCAUCAUCUGCAGGGUGGAACCCUUGAGUUCCAUCUGCUCCUCAGGUCCCUGCUGUUGUCCUGUUACGGCAAAGUCCUCCUUAUCCCUGCUGUCAUCUGGGAGCAUGACUACUCCCCACUGUGUCUGGGCCUCAUCAAGCUGUUUGCCCUCAGCUCAAACUCCCAGGCGAUUCGAGUGAUUCUGAACAGCAGCAGACGUCUGUCGUUGGUGGCCGUGUUCGUAGGCUUGCUGUCAGAGGACAUGUAUGGCUCAAGCCUGUCGGACCCUCCCAUGGAGCGUUCAGGACGUUUUGACAUUGCAUGA